GCCUGCGUUCAUAUAAUGGUGGCAGCCGGGAACGUGAGACCAUUGAAUCGCCGGCUGUCAGAAUCGUACGCUACUCCGACACCUCUACUCGCCGAAAAAAUGAGAUCCUGCACGCUUAUAUUUGUCGCUCUCGCGACCGUCCUGCUCUGCAUUGAAUAUGCCAAUGCACAAGAAAUAUGUCCCCAAGAGAACUGUGUUGUACCUGACAAGUGCGAGGAAUUGGUAAAAAGUGAUACUUCAUGCCAGCAACAGGGUACAUUGUGCUGCAGCGUAGUUAAAUCGGAAUUCAGAACUCAUUGCCGUCACCAUGGUGGAAUCUGCACGAACUCGUGUUCUCCGACCCUACAGCACGAAACGGAUGACUGUACAGACGGUCAAGUCUGUUGCGUUUUGGUUUAGAUAUAACUAAUAGAUAAAUAACUAAAACAUUAAUAAUUACCCAAUGUAUAAUCUCACCCUAGUUGCAACUAUUAAGUCCUAAUUUAAUUAUAACACAACAAAAUGUCAAAAGAAUAGUUUAGCGUUUAGCAUUUUUAAUUUUCUAAUACGUCUAAUAUCGAUUUCAAAAUAAUAUCUGUCUUAUAUGUCCCAAUACAACACUACAAUAUAUUAAAUGUAGUUUA